UCGCUUCCGAAACUGAUAUAUAUGGAAGAGCACGGUAGACUGUUAAAUCUCUGGUUUAAUCAACACGUUCCAGCUAUAUCGCCACGAAUACUAAACCGGCUGGCGUAACGAAAGCUUUUGUCCGAUGACUAAAUAUUAGGAUGAGUUGUAACCCCUCCUUAAAUAUCAGAAGGGACUGCUAUUUCAACGCCUCAAUAAUUCCAGUCCCCAAGCAGUACGACAAACCGAGCCUGAAAUCCAGCAAUUGCAACCACGUUCACCAGGCAGUCUGGGCAGCCCCUGGUAUUGUGUACGUACAUAUAAAGUGUACGUACAUAUAAAGUGCACGCGCACAUUACCCCUUGGUUCUAACGCGGCCCCUAUGAAAGUUUAACAAAUCUAGGAUAGCCUAGAAUCUGCUC